UUAGCUAAUUAAAGUUGUAAAAAUGAGUAAUUAUGAGAGACAUUUUUCAUCUUUUAAGAGACACGCUGGAGCGUUUGAAAAGAGAAAAAAAAUUCGUUACCUGACGUUAUACCAGCAAAAUAGUUCAUACCUGUGUUCAGACAUCAAAGCGAGAUAUUCUUUGGCACAUGCGUUUUCAAUUUGUUGUGAUGUUUGCUGGAAAUGAUUUUAUUAGUAUUUAGACAGCUUCCUUUGGGAGCGCAGUUGAAAACUAAUAAUUAAAACACCUGUUGAUUUCUUUCUGCUGCGGACAUGUAAUACUCUACGGCAGGUGUCCCAAAAACCAACCCACCAUGAGUCUGAUACCAUCAGGCGACGAUGUCCAAAAGCAUCAAAUUGAGACACUUGUCAGCCACUACUUCCAAAACGAAACGUACAAUCUCACCGACUCCGAAUACCAAAAUAUUUUAAAUUACAUCCGAACAAUUCGAAAUAAAAACAACGACACAAUUUUGUUGGACGAAAUCGAUACUGUAAACUGCGGCGACAAGUUAAAACACUGGUCUCAGAUUUACGCCAAACACGUCCAUCCUUACCUCGCAAUUGUUGUGUGUCUAAUUGGCAUUAUUACGAAUAUUACAAACGUCGUUGUCUUGACCAGAAAGGAGAUGGUUUGCACGCCAGUCAACCGCAUUCUCACUUCGCUGGCAACCACCGACAUCUUCCUGAUGGUCGAUUACAUACCCUAUGUGUACUACCAUUACUUGGUGUUGCCCAAGACGCUGGAUUUCCCCUUCAUUGGGGCUGUUUAUAUGUUGUUCCACGUGCAUUUCACUCAAACACUCCACACGACCUCAAUUUGCCUCACUCUGCUCUUAGCUGUGUGGAGGUAUCUGGCGUUGAGAUACCCGAACAAGAAGCGCAUUCUGUGCUCGGAGUUCCGGUGCACUCUCGGCAUUAGCCUAAGUUUUAUCCUUCCUGUAAUUUUGAGCAUUCCCACCUAUGUCACGUUCACCAUCCGAAGACGUGAAAUUUUGGAAGACAAUGUCACUUACAUACUGUACCACACAGACUUACGAGAGUCUUUCAAAUACGACAGACUCUACUUGCAAGGCCUUUUCUGGGUGUAUGGCGUUUUCCUGAAACUCUUACCUUGCGUUUUCCUCACUGUUAUCACCUUCUGGCUCAUUAAAACCCUGCUAAAGGCAAAGAAACAGCGACAAGUCGUGCGAACGUACGAUCAAGCGAACGAGAUAGAAAUCGACUGCCGAUUGUCGAAAAGCGAGCGAUGUGCCAAUCGGACCACAAAAAUGCUGGUUAUUGUCUUAUUCCUGUUCUUGAUUACCGAGAUUCCCCAAGGGAUUUUUGCGCUGCUUAUAGGGAUUAAAGGGAAACAGUUGUUUCUCAAAUGCUAUCAAAUUUACGGCGAGUUGAUGGAUAUUUUUGCACUCGUCAGUGGCGCUGUCAGUUUUAUUUUGUACUGUAGGAUGAAUACGAUGUUUAGGAUUACGUUUGGGCAACUGUGUAACUUGAAGUUUGCCAGACGGGACUAAUUGUUAACUGUUGUGCCUCAGUGUUUUCGUGUACAACCCGACUGUUUUCCAAUAAAAGUGCACAAUGUGAACGAGUAUUUUUAUUAAUCUUGAGUUGUUCCCAAAAAAGAAAAUAGGCGACCUAACGGAGAU